GCCGGCCUGGCAGACAGCAGGGCGGAAUGGCGCUCGGCGCGGUAUUUUGAACAAUUGUUUUUUUUCCUUAUCCCGUUUCAUCUAGGAUCGUCACCCAGCGUUAAAACCACUGCACUGAAAAGUAAUCGCAUUGUUCCUUAAAAGUAAACAUUUAAGAAUACCACAAGCAUGGAUGAGGUGUCAACAGAGCUGAACAGCUUUCUUCCAGAUGAAAUCAUGGACACUGAGGAUGUCCCUCACUCCCAGUCGGAUGCCCCUGCUGUCAAGGCGGAGCCCAGCCCCAACAUAUCGGCCCCCAUGGAAACAGAUACACCCAUGUUAUCAGGAACUUCAAGCAUCUUAACAGAUGCCACUUCUGCUGAGCAAAUCCACAGUCUUACCACCUCCACAGCCACAGACUCCGCUCUGAGCAUCAUCCCCGCCAGUCAUUCUUCUGUUACUGUUUGCAGUGCAUCGUCACCCCUUGUUGCCCUCACAGCAGCCAUGGCUACUUCCACAGCCACAACCAAAACUACAGACAGUCUAACUGGGACUAGCAUUCACACAAGUGGCUUACAGAAGCCGUUUACCAUCUCAUCUGCUAACCACCAGAUCAUUCUAAACAAGGUGGCCUCGUCUCAAGCCACAGAAUACCCUCCAGCCAAAGUCUUCAAGCAGGAAGGACAAAAACUUUUGGUCACGGCAAUAGGAAAAUCGGGACAGCCUAUUGUCCUUCAGUUGCCUCACACAGGCAGCAAGCCUGGAGUUUCACAGACUGCAGGAAACAAGUCAUCUCCAACUCCGCAAUUUAAAGUGGUGACUAUAGGAGGGAGGUCGGAGCUGAAGCCAGUGGUGGGGAGCGGUGGCAACCAAGUGACCACAUUGCAGGCCCAGCAGCUCAAGACCCUACAGAAUCCCAAUAAAAGACCAGCAUCCUCAGUGGCUCCAGUGGGUCCAAUCAAGUUUAUAAUCACAAAAACUGUCAACAGCAAAGGUCUAAGUUCUCAGACAUCAGUCACACCCGUCAUAGCAGGACGGAUGGUGACCCAGACGUCAGCAGGGGUGUCCCCGCGGACUAUAACACUCACCGAGCCUCACAACACUACUCUACAAAGCAUUCCUGGCAAAAAGAUCGCUAUUUCACCUUUGAAGACUCCCAGCAAGGUGACGGUGGUUUCUAUGGCUCCUACACCCGGCAAUGCCUCUCAGAAGUCGGUAGCGCUUCCCGUCAAUGUAGCGCUUGGCCAGCAGAUCCUCACGGUCCAGCAGUCCUCAACUGCUUCUCCAAACAAAGCUGCCUCUAGCCAAAGUGCAGCGCAGAAUAUGAAAUCUGUCCAGUCUGUGGCUGUGGGAGGAGUUGCUGGCUCUCAGUUCAAGACCAUCAUCCCGCUGGCCACCCAGCCAAAUGUGCAGCCUCUCCAGGUACCAGGAAGCAAGUUUACCUAUGUCCGCCUCGUGACGGCAACCACAGCUAGUACUCCAGCACAGCCCAGUGGUGCCAGCACCAGCUCCGUGCAAACAGGUAAACCCAUGGUGGUGAGUACAGGAGCAGUGAGGAUGUCGAUCCCAGUCGUCCCAGCACAGUCCAUGAAACAGGUGGCUCCUAAACCCCAAGUCGUCACCACUCCCCAGACCCAGCAGCGCCUCAUUAUGCCCGCCACUCCACUGCCGCAGAUCCAGCCCAACUUCACCAACCUCCCCCCGGGCACUGUCCUCGCCCCGGCUCCUGGAGCCGGCAACGUGGGUUACGCAGUUGUUCCGGCACAAUACAUCACGCAGCUCCAGCCGUCGCCGUUUGGGACGAUUGCCAGCAGCUCUGGCUUCCCCGCAUCCAGCAGCAUCCAGACUCAGGCCAAACUGCCUCUGAAUGGUGCGGCAGCAGCAGAAAUGACCUCGAGACCAAGAAAACCAUGUAACUGCACAAAGUCUCAGUGUCUCAAACUCUACUGCGACUGCUUUGCAAAUGGAGAGUUCUGCAACAACUGCAACUGCAAUAACUGCUUCAACAACCUGGAGCAUGAAACAGAACGACUCAAAGCCAUCAAGACUUGUCUGGACAGAAAUCCAGCGGCCUUCAAACCUAAGAUUGGUAAAGGUAAAGAAGGAGAGUCGGACCGCCGGCACAGCAAAGGCUGCAACUGCAAGCGAUCAGGCUGCCUGAAGAACUACUGCGAGUGCUACGAGGCGAAGAUCACGUGCUCGUCCAUGUGCAAAUGCAUCGGCUGCAAAAACUUUGAGGAGAGUCCGGAGAGGAAGACGCUAAUGCAUCUGGCCGAUGCAGCCGAGGUGAGGGUGCAGCAGCAGACUGCAGCCAAGACCAAGCUGUCCUCGCAGAUUUCAGACCUGCUCGUGCCGACGACGCCUGUGACUUCAAGCGGAGGCGGGAGGUUGCCGCACACGUUUAUCACUCAAAAGGUGGUUGAAGCAACAUGCGAGUGUUUGCUGGAACAGGCCAAAAAGGUGGAACACAAUCAUCAGUCUCAGGCAGAGGCGGAGAGGCUGAUCCUGGAGGAGUUCGGACACUGCCUCAUGAGUAUAUUCAGCUCUGCGGGGAAAGCUAAAGUGGACUGCUAGGACGAAUGUUGGUCCCGAGAGACGUGGAAGACGUGGAACUCUUGUCUCCGACCCCCAGGGUUUCUCUCCGGUGGAGUAAAAGGGGUCGCCUCCUUCAUCAAGAGCAGAACAAUUGACUUGAAGGGGAGACUUGUUGGGGCCCGGUGUAAUAACGGACAAGUUGGUGUGUUUUUAAAUAUUGUUUUUAAAUAUAAUACUAUUGAUGUCCUGGGAGGGGGGGGGCAA